UCUACUGGGAUAUCUUUGACCAAAUUAUGUUUUUCUUUAUUCAUUUAAUGUGAAUUUCUAUAGAGAUUUAUUUUGCACAUAUGCAAUUUAUUGUGAAAGCAUCAUGUAUGUCAUCUGAGCCGGAAAUUGGAAUAACGUGUAUAAAUUUGACACCAAGGUCAGGAAUAUUGCACUUAUUCAAACCAUGCUUUGUAGGCUCUGUAUCAUAACAUGUUUCUCUACAUUUGUACAGUGUGCAUCAACACGGAGAGGAUUCUGUACCGGACCAUUCAGAUGUUGUAGAGGGUACAAAUGGGACGCCCAAACAGAAAGCUGUGUCGGUUGCCAGUAUCCCUAUUACGGACUGCUUUGUCGCUAUGUGUGUGAUUGUACAGAGCAGAACUGCAACAGGUUUAGAGGUUGUAGAACAACACCUAUAACUACAGGUAGGAUUAUUCAACAUUUCGCAUCCACGGUGAACACUUUGCAAACAGACAUGUCGUCUUCCUUUCUGAGAAUCACCCAACCAUCCAUUGCAUCACCACACACCACUCAACCAAAAGUUGGAAUAAAAGAACCAAACGGUGAAUUCAUUUAAAUUUUGAUUUCAUUGUAAUCUAAAGGGAGUCAAUGCAACCGAACAGACCAGGCCCCUUGAAUCUCUAGUGAGGUACUCUAUCAUCUGAGCUCUCUGGUCAUCGUCGAUCUAAACCGUUUGGCCGCCAUAUUCCUCCCUCCUGAAAUGUCUUCAACCCAGGAUUUUUAUCCCCCUGACUAGUAGGUUCACCUCUCAGUUCCAGUGGCUGGUCUACAGUAACAAAUGUGAUAGGACGGGGGAAUGCAAUGGACCAGAUCAGGGUUCAAAUUCAGCUCCGGUGUAUUGCAAUGUCUCGCUUCCUGUUACAACAUAAUUAUAUUAGAAUCCAUGAAUUUAUUUGCAGCAGAGACGGAAAAUAGAAUGUAUAGAAUAGCCAGAUGUCCUCUAAAAACCUAUCAAUGUCGUAUACCAAAAUCGAAAAGAUAAAAGUAAUCGAGAUUAGAAAAGUUUAUUCAAAACAGCCUGUGAUUUAUGUAAUCCCUGCACAAUCCAUUUCUCAAUAUUUCUAAUGAGUACAUAGAUGACUUACUAAAUCUUAAAGAUAAUACUCGGUUUAAGAGACUGAUAUGUCUAAAUUAGCGUUACGCUAUUUCGAUACAUGGAAGCACUUGGUAACGACUCGGUCUUAUUCAUUUGUACCUGUGAAUAAUAACUGAUUGAUGACAACGAACUGUCGGUGAGUAUAUCUCAAGUCUUUCAGUUGAUUAGUAUAAUUAUUAUUUAUCUUUUCUUGGAUUAUUUUGUUUUCAUACAACCUACAUGUAUCUAUAUAUAUCAUUAAUCACGUGUGGUCGUUUUCAAAUUUAAAAACAAUUUAAGGGGGAAUGGGCCAUCGUCAUGAUGGCGGUAAUUCCGGUGAAACUCCAUUGUCUUCCAGUGGAAAAAAAAUGAUUUACUCGUGUAACAACUUAGGAACCCGCAAGCAAAGUGAAGGGAAAAUGUGAAGUACCAUAGUGUUAAGUUUCUUUAUCCUGCCAACGCCUGCCAUGACACGGGACCUCCACCUUUAAGGUCAUAUCCGAAAGACCUAUGACUUUCGCUUCUAAAUGCCGAGUAUUUGGUGAAGGGGUAAUAGAUCUAACUAUCAAAGCUUUACAUCUGAUGUUUACCGAGUCCAUGUCAUCAGCAGGAUCGAACUCACGACCUCUAAGUUACGAAGCGAGCGUUCUACUGCUGAGCUACCGCGACCGUUCAAAAAACGAAGGUAAGUUCACAUAAUUCUAUGAUGUGUAUCUCAAGCAAACCUUUUAUCAUAUAUAAAAUAAACGAAUAUAUGGUUAUCACCAAAUCAACAUAAAUACCAUUACUGAAUUAACUGGACUUUUUAAAUAAACAUACAUGUAUCACGUGUAAGGAAAUUAUUACAUCCUUAUUAUUGAAAUUUUAUGUAUAUGAAAUAGUGUUUUUUGCUUUUGAAAGAUAUAGUUUGUACAUGCAUGAAUACGAAUUUCAAUUCUGUUUAUGUUUUAAAAGGGAAGAGAGAAUGGCCUGACAGAUUAGGGUGCUAUAUGUAAAUUAUACACCCUGUACUAUUGGUCCUGGCCAUUUGUAUUCAAGGUUAAUGGCAUAACAUCUAAAUUAGGAAAAUAGUUAUAUAUAAUAUGCAUUGCUGUGAAAUAGAAUAUUGCAGUCAUUUAGUAGAAUGUAACAUUUCUUCCUUAAAAGGAACACAUGCACUUCUGUGUCAGAUCGUGAGCCUGUUCAGUCCAGUGAUGAAGAUGAAUCAGUUUGAUGUAGAUGAACAUGUGUAUGGUGACUCCAAAGGGUUAUGUACAUAGUAAUAGUAUGCGGAAGGGAUGUACAUUGUUGAACCUGACAUUUUGGCAGAAGAUCUACAUUGUUUACAUCUAAUUGAAAUUUCAUUUUAACAUCAUUUUUGGAUUUAGAAGAAAUACAUUGAAGUGUUACUGAAAUGUACAUGUAUGUAUCUAAUGUAUACAUCAAAUAUUUGUAAAUCAAAUACUAGCUGCUUCAAACUUCCCAGCAUAUUCCAGUCUGCCAUAAAAAAUUUACUUUUAAGAGAAGCAUGCUUUUAUGUCAUCAAUAUAAUGUGCAUUUUCUAUUUACAGAAGUUGGUACAGAUUUAACCGCCACGUUUCAAGAAAUUGAAGUUUCAUGUGUAAAAAAAAAAAUUAAAACAACCUUUUCCAAAAAUGAUAAAAAAAAAAAUGCCUACAAAUAUUGUUUUGAUGUAUCUUAAUUCAGAUAGCAUAAACAGUAAUAUAUCAAUGGACAAAAGGAGGAGUUUUGGAGUAUGCAAUAGAAAAUUAAUGAAAUUCAAUUUUUGUUAAAACAUGAAUAAAAAAAUUGUGAAAAAUGAAUGACAAAUACUUGUGAUCUAGGGUAAAGGAAUAAUGGUACAGGAAAAAGCACCAGGUGUAUAUCAUUCCGCCUGAAGACAUGCAACACGAAGAGAGAAAAUGCAACGGACCAAACCGGGAUUUGUACCCGGGGCCUUUGAAUCUCUAGUCAGCUGUUCUACCAACUAAACACUCUGGUCACCGUCGAUCGCACCCGUCUAACCGCCACAUUCCGCAUUCCCUAAAAAUGUCUUCACGCCUUGAAAACAUCAACCAGUCAUGUGUUCUACCAACUGAGCUAUCUGACCACCGGCGAUCAAAGUCGUCGGACCGCCGCAGAUACAUACCAGUCAGAUGUUGUAGAGGGUACAAAUGGGACGCUCAAACAGAGAGCUGUGUCGGCUGCCAGUAUCCCUAUUACGGACUGCUGUGUCAGUAUGUAUGUGAUUGUACAGAGCCGAACUGCAAAAGGUUUGAUGGUUGUCGAACAACACCUAUAUCUACAGAGGCUGGAACAUACACGAGGGUGGAUACAGGAAUAGCAAGCCUUUCUACAGAACCGGCUCUAACAACGGGUUCACACACUUCAGUGACCCACGACAAUACAACAGAAGGGCAGGAUUCCACAAGACAAGGAAGUCUGGCCUCCACAACAAGACAAGGAAGUCUGGCCUCCACAGCAAGACAAGGAAGUCUGGGCUCAACAACAAUACAAGGAAGUUUCGGUUCCACAACAAGACAAGGAAGUAAAGGUUCCAGAUUCUUCACGAACAGGGCACUAAUAAUAACUCUUGUUUUCCUUUCCAUUUUGGUAAUUUUGUUGAUUCUGGCCUACGUGUCGAUUCGAGUUUCUGAUGCUGUGAAUACACGACUGCGAGGAAGAAUUUCAGAACAGGAAGCUGCCACGCCGAAUCAAUACGAGGAAAUAGAGCUCAAUGGAAUGACUCAAUUAUCCUAAAAGAUUGCUGCUCUUUAUAUUUAACCCUUUCUCUACCGUAUCGGUCAAUAUGACCGAUAGCGCGUAAAAACAAGGCUACGCAAAAGGAGUGUCUAUAAAUCUUUGAAACUACGGACGUAAUAUAUAUGUUUUAUAUAUCAUAUUUUUGGAAAUUUUCUAUAUUUUUUAACUAUGUAAAAAUCAAUUGAAUAAAUAAAGCCAUUAAAUUAAAAAAAGCAUUUAAAAUGAAAGAUGACUUCGUCUAAAUAUUACGCAACGCUUUGUCGCAAGGCCAUUUCCCCCCUCGCUAUGAUUUUUUUUAUUUUCCCUAUGAAUGCAAUAUUUUUUAUAUUUUUGAGAAGCAUAUAUUCCCUGCUUUCAGUACAUAUAAAAAAUAUUUUUAAUGCCUGGCAAAGUUAUAAGAAAAUAGCAAUUUUUUGCACAUAUACGUUAUUUUACGAUUUUAUUUCUCAAUGUUUAAACAGAUCGGCGUUUUAUCUAUAUUUAUAUAUGGAAAUAGGGAAAAGUAAAUACAUUCUGUAAAAGUAGAGGAAAUGUUCUUUUUGAUGGACCCUUAUUCAUAUUAUAAUUCUCUGUAGUUUUUAUAUUACGAUAAAAUGAAAUUGGGACAUGCUGCGCGGUUUUCUUAAAAAUUAGCGACAAAUCGACGUCGCUAACAGCAAUCGACGCGCGUCGCACAAUAAAGUGGUGAAAACUAUUUGUAUUGUCCUUUUUUUUUAGUAAAUUCAGUACCUGUUGAUACACUAAAACAACAUACAUACAUGUAUGAAAUAAUCA